AGGCACUGCUGCUGCUCUCAUUGCGAAUUGCAGGAAUACGGGUACUUAGAGCAAAACUCAAGAAAAACAUGAAGGGCGGCUCGCCGCGGGUGCGUGCAAUGUAGGGACCCCGGCGCGCACUGUUCUUUGCGCCGCGAGAAAGUACCCCGCAACGAAAGUUGGUGCACCUACACGAGCCGCCUUAUCGUCUCUGCUCGCGACCACACGGAUUGCUUCUGGAACUCAGCUGAGGCAACUAUCUUCUUCGAGCAAGACCGCGGCUUUCCCGCCCGCUGGCCUCCGCUUCCCGGGAAUGGCCCGAGAGCCGAGCUUCGGUCGUUUCGCGCGUGCGCACGAGCAGCAAAGAACCAGCACGUAGGCAACUGACGCCGCUACUCCCGUCUUUUUGCGUCCGGCGGCCGGAACGGUCACGCGGGAGCCGGCACGAUGUACCGCGCUCCGAUGGAGUUGCGAGACCUGGUAUCAAAUGUAAAAAUGUCUGGGUCUGGAAGAUUUCUAGAUUUGUCAUGCAUAUUUUCCAUGACCCAUGAUGUCUGUGAUGCAUGCCGUAGCAUUACAGAUUUUUAGAGCGCUUCCUCAUGCCUAUUCCGCAUGACAAAUGCCAUCUCCGCGGAGCACAAAAUCUACUCCUCUUACUGGUCAUGCUAUACAAAUCUUUUUCGAAUCCAGAGACAGCAUCACAAGUUUAGAUUCUUCCAGACCCAGACAUUUUUACAUUCGAGACCUGGUGCAGGUGUACAACGACAAGACGGUACCAGAAUGAAAAGUGCGCCACCACCAAAAGACCAAACAGUUUGUAUUGCAAACUUGUCACACGGAAACAAUGCGACGCAUUUUGUUUCAGAAUCUAAGUACUCGUCUUCACCAUGACAGACGUCGCUUAUACUGUGGCGCUGUGCAACACAGACUCUCGCUACUCUGGCCUGAAAAUUUGCCAGGCUGAUGCCUGCAAUGUGGUAGGUGUUACAUUGGGAGUUUUUGCAGUGCAAACACUUUCACUCCCUGGGGUGCAGGCGCUUUUCAGUAUGAUAGAGGAGACUCCAAAACUUUCCGACGCACCAGUAUCCGAAGCUCUCUUUGGGUCUUGCUGGUGCGGUUUGCAUGCAAAUACAAAUGUUCUUCUAAAACAAGCUACGGCUUCGGUUACAGCUUUGCGCAGUGAGUACUAGCAUAGCAGAAGAUAAUAUCUUACCUCAUACCGUGCGUCAACGUCUUACGCAAUGAGAAGCUACGAAGCUGAUGUGCGUCGCUGCGUACUAGAAUCCUAGCCAGGCAUGAGUAGAAGCUUAGCGUCUACGUGACUCAGAAUUUAUUUCGGAUAGCGCGGUGGAAUGUGAUUACGGGUUCAAGCUCAUCAUCAUCGGUGACGCUGGCGCCGGAAAGUCCUCUUUCAUGCACCAGUUUCUGGAGGGAAAGUUUCGGAAAACCAGCACACAUACAGUACUGAUUACCAACAACUUGUUUUUACCCCGGAUCGCGUUAGUACGGCGAAAGCCACGAACAAGGACCCGUUUUCAGCGUUGAUUUGUUCUUGGUUUGUGUACUACAACAAAUUUUUUCGGCGGGAGAUGCAGCGGUGGCUCCUGUUGUGUCUUGAUGCAUGCGCGAUUCCCGAAUUCGGGCGAUAAUGCCCGCCGCGCUGAACUGAUGCACAAACUUUGCAGAUGAACGGCACUGAGAUGGAAUCGAGGAAAAACUACGAAAAAAUGAACACACUAUCAGAUAGGAGUGGAAUUCGGGACGAAGAUAAUAACCCUCGGCGACCGGCACAUCAAGCUGCAGAUUUGGGAUACCGCCGGUCAGGAACGGUAAGAGCGUGCGCUUUACUGCAUGCGCUGGUUUUUUCGGACGGUAUAUUUUUCUUGCGAAGCAGACAGUCGUCGAGGUUAAACUUGAAGCUUUUUCCGCUUACAUUUCGUUUGGUUCGACUGCAUCAAAACCCAACCGGCGUUCACUCAGGUACCGUGCUGUGACGCGCAGCUACUACCGUGGUGCGGUGGGCGCGCUGAUUUUGUACGACGUGACAUCGCGCGAGAGUUACAACAAUUUGCCCACCUGGCUGCGCGACGCCCGGGAGCAAGCAUCCUUCUAUCGCAUUGAAAAACCGUCGUUCCUUACCUCACUAAAAUCGUCCUACCAAAAAGAUAGGAAAAAGGAAGGAGGCAAAACAAUCCUGCAUAUUGUCAAUCAGGAACGUGUGCAGAAGGAGAAGAAAAAGAAAGUGGGCUGCAUCGACGUUGCAAUACAAAAACAGUUUCGUUAGCGCAGUUUGUGUUGCAAUUUUUUUUUUGCGGUUCUAUGACACGGGGGAUCGACGGUUUUUUCGAUAGGAUACCUGCCAUGACAUAAGCAUUAUUGCUGUUGGAAACAAGCGCGAUUUGAAGGAGGAGCGCCAGGUGUCCUUCCUUGAAGCAAGUCGGUUUGCGCAGGAGCAAGACAUCUUGUUUCUGGAAACGUCGGCGCUCACCGGGGAGAAUGUCAAUGUAAUUGCUUGAGUUAUUUCUUUCGGCAUGCGUGCGGGGCCUUUUGUUCUUUUCGCUGUAUGUUUUACGGUUCCCUGUUUUUCCUUCAUGGAAUGAAAACCCGGGCAUGAUGAUGUUAAAAACCAUUCUUGCGAAAAAAAUUUCAUGAGGUUGUAGACACGAGAAAAGGAAAACCACUUCUACUACAGGAAGUGUUUCACACUCUAGCGCAGCGGAUUUUGAACAAGGUGGAGGAAGGUAUCAAAAACAGUCGGGCCGACGAGACCAAAUUCCAAGAAACCCCGUCGGAAGACAUCAAGAGUCUCGGACUGAUGGCCUCGCGAGGUAAGUAAGAUUUUGAUCAUGUGCGCAUAAUUUUCUUCAACAUUCUGUUCUUAUGGAAAGGGUUUGAUUCCGCAGUUGUAGUGGGUCGCGCACCAGCACGUCGUGUAGGACGCCUUGCAGAAAAAGUACUAGCAAAGAAGUGUUUAUUGCGUUUCGCGGAUGAAGAACAGUAGACAAGUAUCCUUCAUCACCACCUCCCAGGUUCGGCAAACAACAAUUGGUGCAAGUGCGUGUCGCCGAGUUGUAACGCUAGUUGAAGUUGUGAAGGAGCACGCGGCGCUGCGAUUCACGUCUUUUUUUCAAAGUGAUCGACUGUCGUCGCACCACUGGGCGGACGCUAAUCGAAAAUCCAAGUAAGUACACAACAUCUUCACAAAUAUCAUAUCACAAGGUUAAAUCACAAUUUGGUUCAUAGUACAAGAAAAUUCGAGAAAGAAAAUCUGUAUGUCAUUUUGCCUGCGAAAGAGAACUCUGAUGAAUAACAAUGGCAAGAAAUUUUCCGUUGAGAACACUCAGGCGCACAAAACCAACAAGGGUGAAAACGCAUCAAAAAUCGGGCGUGUUGACCGGAAGAGAGAUUUAGCCUCGAGCGAAUAGGGCGUGUGACAGAAAUUU